AUGGCAGAAGCCGACGCCUUCAUCUUCGCAGCGCUAAAACAGAGCAAAUGGCUGGAAGAUUCUUCUGAUUCCGAAUCUUGGACAGUAUCAGAUCUUUCGUCCGACGCGUUUAUCUUCCUCGUCCUCAAGUUCCUAACACGUUUACAAGACGCAGAUAGUAGUAAAGCCUUUACUCUUUCUUCUCUAGACGCCACGGCUCCUGUGGGCGUCGCGGCAAAGCAUCGCGUGGGCUCCAAGCUCGCCAAUAUUCUCAAGGAACUGGGUUAUGCUGGGGACUGUGGAUACAAUCACUUUUUGUAUCCAAGCGAGAAGGAGACGAGAAACAUUCUAUCAUGGCUGGUGGGAAAGCUUCCGAGGUCCGAGAUGGAAGAAAAUGAAGAUGAAGACCGUAAAAAUGAUGUUAUAAAUAAAAUAGGAGACGAAGUGGAUGCUAUAGGUUGGCAAGACUCGGUACUAGCCAGCGAGAAUUUGGGCAGUAUUUUCUCGAGCUGGAAGCGAGAAAAGACACUGCAUGUCCUGCCAAACCAAAAAGUUAAAGGACUGAAAGGGUUUCAGCGAUUACCUCUGCAGACGUCUCCACUUGAAUUGCCGUGGAGUAGAACGGAAAACGCAACACACGAGUUGUUUGAAGAGUUUCCGAGUGGUUCUGUAAAGCUUACGUCGCUUUUGGAGGCUCUAGCGGUAGCAAAACGCGGCCCCUCUAUACUGCUUCAGGAGGAUGGCUUAUUUGGCGAGGAGAAAGAGAUGGAAAAAGUGAACAUUGAACCGGGUGAGGGGCAAGUUUAUAGUGUGCGAAAGGGGGCUGAGAGUGCCAGAGACAUUGCCUCUUCUUUUUGGCAAGAAGCAGAGAACGAAGAUGAUGAGUUUGCUGCUAUCCAACCGCAAUCGUUCCUAGCGACUGCGCUCCCAACGCUCCUAGACGUGCCAGUUUCGCUCGAUUUUUCAUCAUCGGAAUCUACAGGUUUGUUUGUUGAAAAAGGCUCAUCGAUGGAAUCGACAGGGUCAAGCAGCAUCCACACUAGUAAAAGAGAACAGAAGAGCGCUACGGAUCAAGAAGAAGAAAUAAAGGAGCAGUCUCUCGAAGUAUUGCAAAAGCAAGUAGAUGAUACACAGUGCCGCAUUGCUGAGAUGCGAACUGUGCUAGAUCUUGAACGUGGUGCGCUGCACCAGGUCGAGCAGCACAUUAUUGAUACGCAAAACAUGGGGCAGCUAAUGCAGAAACAACUCGCUAAACAAAAGCAGUUGGUGGCAAUGCUUCCUCAGGCUAAAGCAAACAUUCUAAAGCUGGAGGAAACGUGCAAAGCAAGCGCAGAAAAGAAGCAUGAAAUAGCACGGCAGACGGAAGUUGCACGGAAGUCUUUGCUCAAGGAGUACGCUGAGCUAAAAGGCCAGAAAUCGAGCCGAAAGGCCCGGUGCCGACAACUCAUCCGUGGGAUCAAGGCCUUUCGAACGGAAAUGCAGGAAAUCACCGGUAUAAUUCACGCGAAGAUGGAAAGUGUGCAAGCACUGGAAAAUAUUCUAGAACGACGUAUGGACAAGCUUGGCAAGCAGAAAGACUUUAAAGGUGGACCCAUGACUCGCAAUAUGUACACGUCACGAAUCAUGGAUAUUACCAAGCAGGUUCACAAGCAAAAGCAGGAUAUCGCUAAAAUUCUGGAAGACAUUAAGAAGCUUCAAAAGCAGUUGAAUGCUGCGUCGGAGAAGCUCAAGCGGACUGAAGCAGUGGCUGAAGAGAAGUUGUAUAGUGCAGCCAGCAACAGUAAAAAUUCCGGUAGCACAAGAGCAGAGGCUUAUAUCGAGUGCUACCGCAAGUUUGCACACUUGCGCGAAAUAUUCGAAGAGCUCAUUGUGAUUAUUGGAGAUGUUGGAAAGAAAGAGAACGCAGCUCGCGAUCUGCAUAAUUGGAUCUCUCAGCUGGAGGCACGGGAGAGCAGCAAUCACUUGGACAAGGUGUUUGCGGAUCUUGACAGUGUGCGUAAAGAAAACAGCAUUCUGCAAAAGGAGUCACGCGCUCGUGUCGAAUAA